AUAUAAGAGUGGAUGGCUGCCUUGUGUUUCACACUGAAAGAGGGAAUGAAUGCAGGUUGUCCUAUGCACAGGGCCACCAUGACCCCUGCUGUGAUCCCCAAAGAAGAGACCCCAGCAUCUACAGGAUGAUUGACAGCUGCUCCUUCUGAACCCCAGAAUGCCUGUGGUGCCAGUGGGUGGGGCAUCCUCCUCCCACCCGGUUGUACCUGUCGCCCUCACCUGCUCCUGGCUGCUCCUGCUCUUCCAUGCUGCCUUUGGUCAGAAACCUGCCAAGCUGCCUCUGAUUGGCCGGAAGCCCUUUAUCGCUGCCUGGAAUGCCCCACUGGACAUGUGCACUAUCAAGUACAACAUUACUGCCAACCUUGAUCGCCUCUUCCACAUCCACGGGAGCCCACGUGCUGAUUGGACAGGCCAGAAUGUGACAAUCUUCUACGCCAAUCGGUUAGGAUACUACCCCUACUACACUGCACAGGGCAGUGCCAUGCACGGUGGUCUGCCACAGAACUGCAGCCUGGACCUACACCUGCUCAAAGCCUACCAGGACAUCAACCACUUCAUCCCUGCAGAGGACUUCCGGGGCCUCGCCGUCAUCGACUGGGAGUUCUGGCGGCCUCAGUGGAGCCGUAACUGGCACAAGAAAGAUAUCUACCGCCGUAAGUCAAGGGAGCUGACUAUGAAGGCAUACAUCAAUGUGACUGCAGCACAGGUGGAGGAGCUGGCACGGCGCCGGUUUGAGAAGAGUGCCAAGGCAUUCAUGCAGAGGACUAUCCAGCUGGGGACACGCCUCCGCCCCAGUGCCCUCUGGGGUUUCUACCUCUACCCCGACUGCCACAACUACAACCUGCAUGAGCAGAACUAUACAGGCUUCUGCCCCCUGCUGGAGAGGGUGAGGAAUGACGAGCUGAUAUGGCUUUGGAACAGCAGCACAGCACUAUUUCCCUCUGUGGCCAUCAGGAAAAGUCACACUGACAGCAUUAGCAACCUCCACUUCUCCCAGCACAGGAUUCGAGAGUCACUCCGCAUCGCCUCGCUGACCUCAAAGGAAUAUGACCUUCCCACCUAUGUGUACUUGAGGCUGGGCUACCGAGACGAGGCCUUGGCCUUCCUCACCACAAAAGACUUGAUCCACACCAUUGGGGAGAGCGCUGCUCUGGGUGCAGCAGGAUUUGUCAUCUGGGGUGACCUGAAUCUGACCUCAUCAAGGCAUAACUGCACUAUGGUGAAGUCCUUCCUGAGCCACCGCCUGGGUCAGUACAUCACCAACGUGACUCGUGCUGCAGAGGUCUGCAGUGACUUCUUGUGCCAAGGAAAUGGGCGCUGUGUCCGCCGAGACCACCGCGCCCCCCAUUACCUCCACCUGAGUGCUGACACCUACCACAUCCAUCCCUCUGGUGAGGGAGACUUUACAGUCACUGGAUGGCACUCGCAGCAUGAACUACAACUGCUGACUGAGAGGUUUCGCUGCCACUGCUAUGAAGGCCACGAGGACGGAAGCUGCGACAGCAUCAACAAAGUGAGGGAGGAUGAAGGGUCAUGGAAGGAGGAGAAGGACGACCAAGAGAGGAAGAGGACAGCGUGGGAGGAUGAACAGGGGGAGAUGUGUGAGGGACGGGAGAAUGUGGCGCCCCCAACUGUUUGCAGCCACCAACUGUUGUUGCUGAUGCUCCUGUUGAAUUUAUCGCUGGUAAAGAGGGUUGUACGAUAAGCACUUAAAAAUUAGCCAAUUUAAACACAUCUGCAAAAAUGGAAUUUUACUUUUCAACACAUGGUCAGUAUGAUUUAUUCCAAAGAGGUCUCUGAUUUUAUUUGAACACAGUACACAGCUGCUCUGUGACUUUAUUAUGCCUAUAGUAUUGAACAUGUGCUGUAUAACAUUUGUCUCCCUCUACUGGCAGUUAUUCUACAGUUGCUGUUGCUAUGUGCUAAUGAUGUUUGUCAUCCGAUGAAUGCUUUUUUUAAAUCCCUCUUCCAAUAUGUUGAGUUUCUUUUAGAUUUGGAUCAUCAGGAUCUUUUCAUGUUCACUUGAAAAAUUUUGCUGUUGUUGUUGUUUUUUUGUUUUUUUUUACUGUUGCAGGAAUGUUGCCACAGACAUUACAUUUAAAACUCUGGUAUACUGUGAACUAUAGAGAACUUUACCUGAUAAACAGGCUUAAUUAGAAUUGUGUGAACUUGCCUGGUUUAAAUGCAACAGCGUUCACUCAUAUGUUAAAGUCAAGCACUCCAGCUUUGAGAUAACUGUUACGGCUACAGCUAGUAUGAACAAAAUAUCAAACUGAAUAGUGAAAAAAGCCAUAUUAGCGUGAACAUCAAAUAUAAUCAUUUAAUAUUAAGAUGUCUAAUAUGUCCACUUUGCACUGACAAGUCUUAAACCACAUUGCAUUGGUUUAAAAAAGUGAUUAAUCAAUCAAGAAGCAGGAACAUUGGAAAUUGUAGGCACAGAAAUAAUUUGAGAAAUAAGCCCACCACAUGAGAGCAAAUUAUUGCUUUGACACUUAGUUGUUUGCAUAUAAACUGAACAAACACAACACAAAAUAUUCAUUAACAAGCUCUCUCUGUUUUAUUUGUGGAAAGAGGCAGUUUUUUUGUUUUCCCAUUAUCUCCAGUCUUCAUGCUAAGCUAAACUAUCUAGCUGCUUGCAGUCACUUGAUGUUUGAGCAUCUUUUCCUCUAACUUUCAUCAGGACCACAAAUAAUUCUAUUUGCCAAACUGUUCUUUUAACAUUCAGUAGAGGUCACUGCUGAUUGGAAGUCUUGAACAUGAAAAGUGUUCUGUGAAUUACAAACUACUUGUUUUUCUCUGACAGCUGCUGUGCUGAAAAAUAACACGUGGGGGGAAAGGAAAAUAAAAAGAUGACACUUCCUUAUCUUUUUAAUGGGUGUAAUGGCACUUUACACAUGUACACAUGUAAAGUGCCAUUUUAACAGAUGAAGCUGACUGCAGUGCAACCAGGCAGAGUGUAAUUAACUUUGACAACAAUCUGUAUGCCUCUUAGACCAACAAUUGCAUCAAUUCCUCCAUAUGAAUGUUUUUUACUAGUGGUUGAUACUGUUUGCUGAACUGUGGAUUUAAUAAACUUCCACAAGGACAAAUUCUGACAUGACGAUGGGAUCACCAGAUCAGAGGAAUUGUGUUUUUGUUGAAUUUUUAAAGGUUUCAUGGGUCAGUCAAAUGUGGCUCACAGCAGGAUGAUCUACCAGUUUGUUUUGUUACUAAGUUUGUUAAUGAGAACCAAAGGGUGCUAACUCUACCAGUCAUAUGUAGAAAAAAUACUCAAUAAGAUCUAAUGCUUGGUCUGUGGUGUUUUUAGACAUUCUUUUAAAUAUCUAGUUUAUUUUUAACAGCAUUAAGCCUUGUUGAUUUUCUCAACAAUAAGGUGUUAUUUCACUUGACAAUAUACAUAAAAUAUAUAUAAUUUUUGUACUGUUGGUUGUAUUGUACUCUUGAUGUUAAGCUUGUCAGGAAACGUCACAUAUUUGAGCCUGCUGAGGCAUGGUAAAAAAUGCAAACACAAAGCGUAUCUGUUUUUGUUGACUUUUUUUUUUUUUUUUACCAUCGGAACAGAUGAUCAGGAUGGUUUUGUUCAGAACCAGAAUGAACCUGUUGUAUUUUUGAUCUGCAAAUGUCAUUGUAAAGGCUGAUGUUACCAUGUCUUUAUUUGGAGGGAUCUAAGGAGCAGACUGGGUUUAGUUGUUGAUUAUACUUCAUCUCAAUGUGGCUGACAAAAAGUUUUCUCUAGACUUUUGUACAGUACUGUAGCCAUGACAAAACACUGAACAGGAUGUAGCAGAUGGCACAUACUGUAUCUGACUCAGAUAGAUCUGACUCUGUGGUGCUGUGGCUCUCCGAGGCCUACUUCUUUUCAAAGUUCGGGGAUUCAUCUUCAGAAAAAAUCUGACUGGAAUUUGGAAGCUGAUUUAUGAGUGAAUGCAUGGCAGAGAUAUUUUUGUCAACAUGGAAUGAACAAAGGUACUUUUUAAAAACUGGACAUGAAUACAAACCUGAACAGAUCUAAGUCUGGAAUAACUGCCAAAAUGCCUCAGAUUAGAUUGAAAUGCUUCAGUCUGUGUUGUUGUCCAUCUUACGUGGACAAUCCAAGCUUAAUCCUAUGAAACAUCUAACUGGGAGGCCAAAAUUGACAGAACAAUCUCCUGUCAAUGUUCACUUGCCUAAACAUUCAUCAGCAGAUAAUGUUUGCUCACUUCUCAUAAAACUAGAUUUUUAAAACUAGAUAGACAUAAAUUAAUCCAAGUACUUCUGGGACUUCACUGAUGCUUCCAACCACAAACAAUCAAAAUGUUUAUUGUCUGACAGGUUGUAUUUGUCCUUAAUGGCUUUCUCUGCCAUUCUAUAGAUCAUUUACUUACAAAACUCUGGGAAUUCAGAUAUGGACAGAAUCUAAUUACCAUUAUUUCAAGUAAAAUUGGUGGAUGCCCCUGUUGCUCAACAGGUUGAGUGGACGGCUCAUAAACAAGGGCUAUAGUCCCAAUGCAGCAUUCAUGGGUUCGCGUCUGACCCAAGGUCAUUAACUGCAUGUCAUUCUCCCAUUCUUCUCCCCACGUUUCCUGUCUCUCUCCCCACUGUGCACUAUAAUAAAGGCCAAAGAAAAGGAAUAAAAUGGAAAUUGGUGCUACCAUGAUUUCCAUUUCAACUUAGUGAAUGCCACACUAUGCUCAAACAGCUGUCUGUGGAAAUCAUCGACAUGGUCACACAAUGCUGAGUUUCUGGUGUUAAAGACCUAUUAAAAUGUUUGUAACAUUUAUUCUAACAAUCAAAGUUCAUUUUAUUUUUACCAAGACUGCAAGUUUAGCUAAACUGAAGUUAUCUAAGUGUAAGCGAUUGCGAUUCGGAUCUAAUUUUGCAAAUAUUUCAAGAUGAAAUAAUUUUGAUUAGCAUACGUCUUCAGCGCACUAUAUGCCUCCCAGAGCAAGUCUUUUUCCACUUGUGUCUUUUUGUUAACUUUGUGGCCAUCCAUCCAUCCAUCCAUCCAUCCAUCCAUUGAUCCAUCCAUCCAUCCAUCCAUCCAUCCAUCCAUCCAUCCAUCCUCACUAUUGUGAUAGCAGGUUAGACAAGUUAUCCCAGACAAGCUCCUCUUGUGGGAUCCAAGAGGCAUACUCAGGUCAAAUGUUUAAUCUCUCUAGUGCAUUCUGGGUCUGCACUUGGAUCUCCCAUGAUGGAAGGUACCCACCAAGGGACCCUGACUACAUGAUCAAACCACCUCAACUGGCUCCUUCUGGUGCAAAGAAGGAGCAGUUCUACUCUGAGCUAGCCCUAACUCUUUUACUUCCCCUAAAUACAACUGUAUCACUUCGAAACUUAAUUUUGCAUUUAGACUAAACAACAUUAUUAUUGAUUAUUUGAUGUCAUUAGACGGAUUUUUUUGUAGUAAAUUGCACAUAAAGAGGUCAUUAAAAAAGCCAGUUGUGAAAGUGAAACUGACUGAAUCAGGCCAGCUUAGGAUAAAUUUGUACAUUCAAGUCGGUAUUAAGGUGCAGUCUGAUCAGUCAAGUCAAGUCAAGUCAAGUCACAUUUAUUUAUAUAGCCCAUUUCAUACGACAAGCGCAGACUCAAUGUGCUUAAGAACAAAUAAUUAAAUAACAAUAAAGGGUAGCAAUAAAACAAACAGUUUUACAAGGUAUUAAGAUAUAAUAUUAAAAGAAAAAUAAAAACAACAAUAAUAACAUUAAUUCCAUAAUAAAAUGCUAUCACCCAGCCAAUCAUUUUGAACCUAGUCAAAGGCUUGUGCAAAAAGAUACGUUUUUAGUCUGCUUUUAAAAGAAGACACUGUUGUAGCAGACCUUAGUUCUUGAGGUAGAGAAUUCCAGAGAGUGGGACCGUAGUGACUGAAAGCACCAUGAGCAGAUUUUGAAUUAAUUCUUGGUAUGAUAAGAAGACUUUUACUGGAUGAUCUAAGGGAUCUGUCCGGUAUGUAUUCAGUGAGCAUGUCAACAACGUAGGAAGGAGCUAAACCAUUCAUAGAUUUAUAAACAAUAAGAAGUAUUUUAAAAUCGAUUCUCUGUUUCACUGGAAGCCAGUGAAGAGAGGAUAGAACAGGAAUGAUGUGUUCAUACCUCUUAGUUUUGGUUAAAAUUCUGGCCGCAGCAUUCUGAAUAAGCUGACUAAAAUGCAAUCUGCAUUGCUUGUGUAAUCUAACUGUGGACCAGAUACCGAAAACAUGUUAAGUGAAACUAAAUGCAGCUCAGACUUGGACCGUAGACUUGGUUUGAGUCAGGCCUUCCCAAAGAUGUCUAAUUAAGGUUGACUAUAUCUUGUAUUUUCUGGUCUUUAAAGAUUUGUAAUGUCGCAUCUAUCAUGACUUUCAAACCAGCUUUCAGGUGAAGUUGAGGUAUAAGGAAUUUCACUUUACUCCCUUCGAUGCAGUAUUUGUUUCCUGUACUUACUCUUGUGAGUGUGUAUGUGUGUUUUUUUUAUCUUAAGAUUGUAAGCCACUAUGCAACAAGGACUAUGCAACACAUGAAAAAUGUUACCUGAAUGUAAAUGUACUACUAAUAAAGACCUGUCUUUAGUA